AGAGGAUCCGGCAGCUACCGGAAGUUAUUCAGUUCAAGCGGAGACCUGCUUUCGUGCGUGUGAAUGUUGACUAAAACUGUCCCUUGUGUUUUUAAAUUCUGUUAAUUCACGUGAGAGAUUUAAGAGCUUUGCUAUAAAACAUGUCAGACAACGAAGAUAAUUUCGAUGAUGGAGAUUUUGAUGAUGCGGAGGAGGAUGAGGGAUUAGACGACCUGGAAAAUGUGGAAGAUGAUGACCAGGAGAACGUGCAGAUCCUUCCAGCGGGAGAGGGACAGCAGGCCAACCAGAAGAGGAUCACAACACCAUACAUGACCAAAUAUGAGAGAGCCAGGGUGCUGGGGACAAGAGCUCUGCAGAUAGCGAUGUGCGCCCCAGUCAUGGUGGAGCUGGAGGGAGAAACAGACCCCUUGCAAAUUGCUAUGAAAGAACUAAAGAGCAGAAAGAUCCCAAUUAUCAUCCGCCGGUACCUUCCUGACGGGAGUUAUGAAGACUGGGGCUGUGAUGAACUCAUCAUAACAGAUUAAAUCUAUCUACUCUGCACUGGAAAAAAAACUAUAUGUGCUGUCAGUCAUCUACACAAACCCAGAAUGAGUCCAGAGACUGCAGCUUUGGCUCACCUAGUCUGUUCCACAGUAUCACAGAAAACAGCUUAGGGAGGUAUAUGUACAUCAAAUGUACAGGGCGGACACUUAACAGUUGUAAAACAGUACUUUUUUUUGCAGGUUUACACACUUGUGAGUGCUGUGUUUAGUGUCAGUGUGCUGUCGGUGCAUUCCACACACAAGUGAAACUCAAAGUUGGAAUCUAUCACACUUUGGUUUUUAUAGCUGCAUUAUGAUGAAGAGCCACAAGGGGGAAAUGUAACCUCAGUUGAACAUGAACUUUGUUUUAUAAAAUAACUUUGUGUUGUAAUUAUUGCAGUCUGUUUUGAAUGACAAAAUUGAGACAUGAUAAAACUGUUUUAUAGUUAUAUAAAUAAACUGUUUUGUACAAAU